CGCAACCUCUCAUUGCAUUCUGGGUAACUUGACAAAAUUUGAAGAGCGCACGCGUGAAUUCAUUACUUCCUUUCGCCCUGUUGCACUCGAAAAAGCGGGAUGGGUCAUCAGCAGCUCUACUGGAGCCACCCGAGAAAAUUCGGCCAGGGUUCUCGCUCUUGCCGAGUCUGCUCAAACCGGCACGGUCUGAUCCGGAAAUACGGCCUCAACAUGUGUCGUCAGUGUUUCCGCCAGUACGCGAAGGACAUUGGAUUCAUUAAGUUGGACUGAGUGUACUUCCUGGAAUUGGCCAUUCAAGACAUUUACAGUAGAAAUGACAUCUCUGUACAUAAAAUAAAAAUAACUUCAGUUA